CCCCAGCUCCUGGCUCCUGCAGUGCACGGCCCGCAGCCCCUCCGGCACCGCUUUGGAGGCAGUUUUGGCAGUUUUGACGUGGGGUGUGUCACCAGCGGCGGCUUUUGUGGUAUCCUCCAGGGCAGAUUUCUGUCGAGUCAGGAAGAUCCCUGCCGUCGCCAUGGCCGCGAGGACCAUUAUCAUCGACCACGGGUCUGGCUUUCUGAAGGCUGGCUUGUCUGGGUGGAAUGAGCCCCAGAUGGUCUUCCCGAGCAUCGUGAACUACAUCCCGUGCAGGGAGAACCCCGGCCCCAGCUAUGCCCGAAGGCGUGUGAGUCUGGGCAUCGACAUUUGCCGCCCUGAUACCUUCAGCUACCCCAUCCAGCGUGGCCGCGUCCUCAACUGGGAAGGCGUGGAGCACAUCUGGUCAUUUGUCCUGGAGAAACACAGGCGGGAGCAUGAGGACUCCCCCGUGAUGGUCACAGAGUGCCCUCUGAGGGAGCCCGCGGACCGACAGAAGACCCUGGAGAUUAUGUUUGAGUUACUGGAUGUGCCGUCCGUACUCCUGGCCGACCAGCUGGAGAUGUCCCUGUACGCCUCGGGCCUCCUGACCGGCGUGGUGGUCGAUUCCGGCUACGGCCUGACCCGCGUGCAGCCCUUCCAUCUGGGCCGCCCCUUACAGCCCGGCGGCAAGACGCUGGAGUUCGCGGGUCAGGAUCUGGCGGCCUAUCUCUUCAAGAGCCUCUUUAAGGAGGAUUGCAAUCGCCACAACCUGUUUCAGCUGGAAACGGUGGCCACCACGCAGAUGAGCAAGUGCUAUGUGCCGCAGAACCUGGGGGAGGCGCUCGACUUCCGCCAGAGCCUGCCGAGCGGCUCGGACGACAGCAACGCCUACCAGCUCCCCGACGGCACCCGCGUGGAGCUGACCCCCAUGCAGCGGCUGGCCCCCGAGAUGUUCUUCAGCCCCCAGGUGUUCGACCUGCAAGGGCCCGGCAUCUCCCAGGCCGUGGUGGAUGCCAUCCUGGCCUGCGAGGCCUCCAUGCACCCGCUGCUCACCUCCCACGUGAUGGCCUGCGGGGGCAACACCCUGUACCCCGGCUUCACCAAGCGCCUGUACAAGGAGCUGAUGGCAGAUCAUUUCUCCUCCUCCAAGGCCACCAUGUGGGUGGGUUCCAACAGAAACUUCAGCGUCUGGCUGGGAGCGUCCGUCGUGGCCCAUCUGUCUACCUACAGGUCCGAGUGGAUGACCAAGGAGGAGUAUGAGGAGAGUCUCAGGCUGUGACCUGUGGGCCCCUGGGUCCCGCCCCCGCCAUGGUUAGAGGGGAUUAAUUUCAGUGACGGGGGCCUGGGCAGGGGUGGGGUCAGCUGGUUUUGGAAUUCCGAGUUCAUGAGGGUUUUUUUUUUUUUUUUAGGUACUAGGGUUUUAUCUUGUUUCAAGAGUGAGAUCCAGCCCAUAGGAGGACAGGGGGUCGACCCUGGAAGCCUUCCGGAGGCAGUGUCUCCAGGGGGUGGUCUGUCAUUUGGAGGCGAGUGAUCGCUUACCGUCUCCGUUGUAGCCACUUAAUUUUUCGCUGGCAUCUCCCUUGGGCUGUCCUGCUCUCAGUUCAGUAGGUUUUAACGGGGGCGAGUGAGAUGGGACCUUGUGCUGGGGUCCCAGAUGGGGUGGGAUGGGAGAGGUGAAGUUUCUAAGUCUUAUUCUUUCCGGCCAGGGAGAAAUUGCUGCA